AUGUGCGGCGGGCACACCGGCCACGGGCCAAACACAUCAUACCUAGGUCCCUUCAUACGCUCCUGGAGCCCAACCAUGUGUGCCGCGAUCUUCAUGACCGCGGCAAGCAGGGAAGCGGUCUUCUUGGAAGAUGCGGGCGUCAUGUCUGACGCCUAUGUGCGGCCCCGUGUAGCGCACGCCCUGGUGCCGGCGGCAGUCGACGCUCAGCUGGGCUUCUGGCCGUCGGAUCUGGCGCUGCGCCUCGUGGACGCUGUCCACGGGGGCCUGGACCUGCCGUGGUGGGCAGCCAUCGCGGGCUCCGCUGUCGCCGCCCGCACGGCGCUGCUUCCGCUCUCCGUGUAUAGCCUGCGGCAGACGACGCGGAUGCAGGCGAUGAAGGUGCCGCUGGCGCAUAUCAUGGCGCGAGGCCAGGCGGGCGAGGACCCGGCGGUGAUCCAGGCCGAGAUGGCCGCGCUCUACGCUGCACACGGCACCUCUCCCGCGCGCAUCUUCCUGCCGGCGCUCGCGCAGGCGCCCGUCUUCAUCUCCUUCUUCUGGGGGCUGCGCAACCUGGCGGAGGUGCGGCCGGGCGCCUCGGAGGGCGGGGCGCUCUGGUUCCCCGACCUCGGCGCCUCCGACCCCACCUAUGCCCUCCCCCUCCUCUCGACCGGCUCGGCGGUCGCGCUGCUGCUGCUCGCGAUGCCUCCUCCUCCGCCCGGCGCGUCGGCGGCGGAGGUGCAGCAGCAGCGGAGCAUCAAGCUGGUGUUUGGCGGGCUGACGCUCGUCUCGCUCCCGGUCGCCCUCUCCAUGCCGGCCUCCGUCCUCGUCUUUUGGUGCUGCAACAACGGCUUCUCCAUCCUGUACACGGGCUCGCUCAACCUCGUGCCCGGCCUCAAGGACGCACUGGCGGGGCCGCUGCCGCCCGCCGCGCAGCUGGUGGCCUCCUCCACCCCGGCCGCCGUCGCGACGCCCUCGCUCGGCGGCCCGCCCGGCGGCGAGACCAUCGCCGCCGCGCAGGAGGCGGCCGUCUCGUCCCUGCUCGAGCUGGCGGCGCAGCUCGAGGCGGCGGGCAAGCGCGACGAGGCGGUGGAGAUGGCGACGAGGGCGCACGCCCUGGGUGAGGGGGCACUGGGCGCAGAGCACCGCAGCACUCGCCGCGCUAGCGAGAGGCUGCGCCAGAUGGGGGGAGGAACAGAAGGGCCGUCGUGA